AUGAGCUGCUUCGAAAAUAUUACAAUGCCUGAUUGCGUUUGGUUUGAAGCUGGCGACAAACGCAAUAUUCUUGCAUCCAUAUUCUCUGGGCUUUUGUUUUUUGCUGGAUGGUGGUUUAUAAUAGAUGCAGCUACUGUGUACCCUGGGGAUCUUCCUAAUGCAUCUCAUGUGUGUGGAGUUAUGGCCACAUUGUCUCUUUUAAUGGUCAAUUCUGUAUCAAAUGCUCAGGUAAGAGGCGAAACAUACACAGGAGGUUGCAUGGGUCCUCGAGGUGCUCGUCUUUGGCUGUUCCUAGGUUUUGUAAUUGGAUUUGCUUCCCUUAUUGCUGCCUGUUGGAUUCUCUUUGCUAAUUAUGUUAAUGCAGGAAGCAGCAAACACACAUGGCCCGGCGUUAGCCUUUUCCUGCAAAAUGCUUUCAUCUUUGCUGGCUCACUGGUCUUUAAGUUUGGCCGCACGGAAGACGUUUGGGGAUAG